UUUUUUUUUUAAUCAUCCCUUCUUCUCACUCCCAUGCUGCUUUCGAGCACAAAAGUGUCAAGAGGAUGGAGAAAAAGCAGACUUGGGGAAACCCCAAACCCCACUUCCGAUUAGGGAGCAAAAGUUUUCACAGGCAGCAAUGAUUUCCACGCAGGGCAGCUCCUUUUCAGCGAAGAGUGCGCAGAGCGCUUGUUCCUAGCACCUUGGCAACGAGAUUUUAGUCCCAACAAUCUCCACACGCUCUCCUUCUACUCAUUCCGCUGCGACCCCUCUGGCUUCACCCCCUCUACAGCUCUCCGCCACUGUCGUUUGGGAAGCAGGGCGCGGAUUUCGCUUCCGGCAGCGGCUCCCACAGCCGGCACUGCUUGGGCGCGAGUUGAUGACGUCGGCGUUGCGUCUCAGCGAGCCGCGCCGUUGAAGAGCGGUCUCUUCGAAGAACGCAAAACGGGAUCGAGGCUAUUUCUCCCUCCCGUCUUGUCUCGAAGAAGUGGAGGAAAGCGUGGGAAACGUGGAAGGGCGGUAGUCCCGCUCCGAGGCUUCUUGCUACGCUGAUGACCGCUUCGCCCGCUGAAUAAACGUCACUCUUGCGCGUCGGAAGGCACUCGGCUAAAGGAGGUGGGACGCAGAAAUGGCGGCAGCGAAGAAGAGCGUCCUUUCUUCGUUGGCUGUUUAUGCUGAGGAUUCCGAGCCAGAAUCGGAUAGUGAAGCCGGCGGAGCAGGGAGCGAACGAGGACCAGGACCAGAAGAGAAAGGAGGCCUGGUGUCAGAAGCUUAUGGAGAAGAUGAUUUCAGUAAGAUGGAGGGAGAGGAGGAUGGGUAUGAUGAAGAUGAUGAUGAAAACAGUAGACAGUCGGAAGAUGACGAUUCAGAGACUGAAAAACCUGAGACUGAUGACCUAAAGGACUUUUCAGAAGUAGAGAAAAGAGAUCCUCAGGAGCUAGUUGCAUCCUUCUCGGAGCGAGUGCGAAACAUGUCUCCCGAUGAGAUCAAAAUCCCUCCUGAACCCCCUGGAAGAUGUUCCAACCACUUACAGGACAAGAUUCAAAAACUGUACGAGAGGAAGAUAAAAGAAGGCAUGGACAUGAACUACAUCAUCCAAAGGAAAAAAGAAUUUCGCAACCCCAGUAUCUACGAGAAGCUGAUCCAGUUUUGUGCAAUUGAUGAACUUGGCACAAAUUAUCCCAAGGACAUGUUCGAUCCUCACGGGUGGUCUGAAGAUUCUUAUUACGAGGCACUAGCAAAAGCACAGAAAAUUGAAAUGGACAAGUUGGAAAAAGCCAAGAAGGAGCGAACAAAGAUUGAGUUUGUGACUGGUACUAAGAAGGGGACGACAAAUGUUCCAUCCACGACAACAACAACAGCCAGCACUGCAGGUGGAGAUGCCCAGAAGAGGAAAAGCAAGUGGGAUUCUGCCAUUCCUGUGACGACAAUAGCUCAGCCCACCAUUCUUACUACCACUGCAACACUGCCAGCUGUUGUCACGGUGACCACAAGCGCAAGCGGCUCCAAAACAACAGUGAUCUCUGCAGUCGGCACCAUAGUGAAAAAGGCGAAGCAAUGACAAGUGCCAGUGAAAAGCUUCCUGGAAUCUUUUUCAGACUGCCGAAAGCACCACCUUGGGAAGCAAAGGAAGGAUACCGUUCUCCUCCUGGAGUGAAAAGACAAUUUUGAAAUGGACAUGCCAUUCUCGAAUGAGAAGGGAUUCAUAGCUGCCUCUGCAGUUGUACAUAUUCGUUAGUGAGGCUCGUCGUCUUUGUCGAUAGAGAACUUCUGUACCGUAUUGCGUGAAAUGCAAUGUCAGCAUGUAAAUACGAACUUAAUAAGUGCUUAUAACAGAAUCCUUAAAUUCUGUGAAAUUAGAGCUUUAAAGAGAAACGUGGGUAUCAGCUAUACUGAAAUCAAUCAGUUGCAUCCCAUACCGUUUAUUAGUGAGUUAACGUCAGCUAACUGAACAUCUCGAGCUCUUUGCCUCCAGGAAAUUAUAGGCAAGAAUGACUUCCUUGAGCAAAACCAUUAGUAAUGUAAUACAGAGAUUUGUUUUCAUGCAGAUUAUUAUAGCGAUAUACACAGUCGUCCCUGGGUAAACUAAUUUUGUUCUGCUUUCAGAGAUCAGGCAAUUUGAAAGCUUUGAAGUUUGAGACAUCGGACAGUGCAAAUCAAUACCGAAGAUUGUGUCUAGGUUUUAGGAAUCAUUGUGCAGAUCCUAGCUCUGCUGGCGGGUGGGCUGUUAUGAAAGAAGUCGAGUUUCCACACUGAGUACAGUUUUUUUGAGGGGGGGGGUGGACUCUGCACUUUCAGUGUUGGUAUGCAGUAAUGCAGUUUGUUUCCCGUGUCGCGACAAAGAUGCUAUCAAUUUAUAUUUAUAUAAACUUUUCUUACUUGUGUAAGUUCUACACCCCUUGGAUUAUAAAAUCAGAACUUUUAAA